AUGUACAAUCUUGCAUUUGGUAAGUUUUCUCAUAUUGCAUCAGGAAUGCAGAAAAUUUGAAAUGAUGACAAAGCUCACACGUGCUGCGUUAAAUAUUCAAUUUACCAGUUAGCAGUUGUUUCUAAAUGCUAUAGGGACAGUAGUCUUAUGGAAUGUGACAAAUUUACAUGUAAGAAAACUGGUAAUCCAAGUCUAUAAGUUGGUGGUAAUGGCCAUACAAUACAGUAACUGUUCUUAAUAAUAGUGGUGGCCAAAAGUUGUAGUUUGUGACGAGUUGGUAUGAGACUACCCCAUUUAGAUGUAUUCUAAUCUUUACUUCAGGAAAGAAGAAAACUUGGAAUUCAGAACUUGAGAAUGGAGGGGCAUGUUCAUCCAGUGGUAAGAGCCAUAGAGAAUUAGCACUUACUGAUCAUGUUCAUCAGUAUGAUGAUGUCUUUGCAAAUUUUGUGGAAAAUCAAUGUUCAUAUUUGAUAUUUUAUUAUUACCUAUAAUGUAGCACUCAGUUGUCCAUAAUCAAUGUGACUUCACCAAACCUUUAUCAAAUUCAUUUUCCAAAAAUCCAAAAUCAUCAGGCUUCUUAUGCUUUUCUCCAGAUCCUGGGUUCAUUUCAUAACAGCUCUAAAAUUAAGUUAACAAAAUAAGAAAUGGAUGAUCAUUCUAGCAAUUCAAGUUCCAAGACAGUCAGAGAGCCAUAUUUUUCCUUGACUGCUAAAAUGAUACAUGAAUUGUUAUGCAUGUACCUCACAGAAAAUGCCAUUUUGAUGGCAUCCUCCUAAACUUUUGGAUUUACUUUAAUUACUUAAUACUCUACCUGCAGACUUAGGGGCAAGACUAAUUGUCCAGAGGAGUGAAAACUCUGAUGUUCAUUAGUGUACAGUGACUGAACAAGAGCCUUCUGUCAAAGAAAUUGAGCUUCAAGGAGAUGUCAUCAGAGAUAGGAAAUGUAGAGCUCCUAACCCAAGCAAUGUUAACACUGUUGUGAAGGAAAAAAGGGAGGUCUCUGAGGAGGUGUCAGACCCAGUUCCUGGUCCAGGUAUAUUUUAUACCAUUCCAUUCCAUCAAUCAAUCAACUAAUUAGUCCAUCCAUCCAACCAUAAUAACUCACAUCUUUCUGUCAUCAAUUUGUUAAUCAAACAAUACAUGUAUGUCCAACAAUGAAAAAAUCAAUAGCAUGAAUCAUUUCCACCAAGUAAAAAAAGAAUUUUUCCCAGUUGAAAUCCAAAAUCUUGCACCUUCAAAGGAAAAGAAUAUAAAACUUGAGUUAAGAUAUGGUUUUAUUUAAAAAGAGGCUGGAAAUGAGAUCAUGCAAGGGUGUUACUUCCAUGCUGUGGUGUGGUGAGCAAAUAAUUUGGGUGAGGAAAGCUUCAUGAAAGAAAUCUGUCAUUAACAGUUUUUCAGAGGAUUAGAGAAUUUAUUGCAGUAAUUUCACUCAACAUAACUUUGUUUGGUGGGUUGGGAACCUUGUGUCACCUAGAAGGGAGGACUGACCCACAGAGUUUUCAAUAAAUCACUUUAAGUGAUCUAAAAGGAUUAAUUGGCGUGCAUGCUGCCAGUGUUCAGAAUGUAAAGUUGAUUCUCUGGGUGCAUCUGUUUUGGAUUUAAACUGCAAAAAAAUGUAAACUAAUUAGAGAAAAUUGGGCAUCAAAGUCUUGAAUUUGCAACCCCUGAACCUUUCUUUCAAAACUGUCACAUACACUCUUGUUUCAUUAAUUGUUGUAUUUAUCAACAGCUGCUGUUGAACAUGGAGAUUCUGCUCUGAGCUUUCUUGAGGACAUGAAUUCUUUUGCUGAUAACAACACUCAAUCAAUUCCCUUGCCAGCUACAGAAACUUCUGACAUGAAAGGAGGUGUGUCUGUUGAAACCAGAGGGUGGGAUCCCUUACAUUCUGCUGCAGAGGGUGGUAAUGAAGUUAUAAUUGAGACUUUGCUAUCUUCUGGAUUAGACAUAGAUUCAAGGGGUAAUGAUGGUACAACACCCUUAAUGGUGGCAGCUGCUAAAGGACAAGAGAAGACAGUAAACCUUCUUCUCAGCAAGAGAGCUGAUCCACACCUUAGAAACUUUAUGGGAAGAAAUCUGCUUCAUGCAGCAGCUGAAGGCGGCAACUCUUCCAUUGUGAUGAGAGUGCUCUCUUGUGACAUUGACAUUAAUUCAAAAGAUGAUGAAUCUUCAGUCACCCCAUUGACAGUAGCUGUUAAGCACAACCAUGUUGAAGUUGUGAAAUAUCUUCUUCAAAAGGGUGCAGAUAUAUCUUUGACAACUGAAUCUAAAAAGAGGAAUGCUUUACACAUAGCAUCACAGUAUGGAAGUGUUGAAGCUAUGGAGAUGUUGCUCUCUUAUGAUUUAAGACCUGAUUCAAGAGAUGGUGAGGGAAACACGCCAUUAGCCUGUGCUGCAGCUUGUGGACAGAUAGAGGCUGUAAACUGUCUUCUUAAACAUGGAGCAGAUCCAUUACUGAAAGGGAAAGAUGGAUGGAGCCUUCUCCAUUUUGCUGCUCAGUCUGGCAAUGUCAUCAUUAUUGAGACCAUGCUUUCUAAAGGUCUUGAUAUUGAUUCCAGAGGUGAAACUCUGGGUGAAACCCCUCUGAUGGUUUCCAUUAAAUCUGGAAAAUUGGAGGCAGCAAAAUAUCUGCUUGAGAAGGGUGCUGAUGAAAGUUUGAAAACCACUCCGGGAAAAAUCUCUCUUUUGUCCAUUGCAUCAGGAGCUGGUUCUAUUGCAGCCGUUGAGAUGCUGCUCUCACGUUGUUGUAACAUUGAUUCUAGAGAUAGUGGGGGAGACACAGCAUUGAUGCAUGCUGCACGUCUUGGAAAUACAGAGGUUGUAGAAUAUCUUCUUGCUCAAGGUGCUAAUCCAUUACUUAGAAAUACAUCAGACCUUGGUCUGCUCCAUUUAGCUGCUCUUUCUGACAAUGUUCUCACUAUUAAGGCUGUGCUCUCUAAAGAUUUUGACAUAAAUGCUAGGUGUACAGUCCUUUGUAUAACUCCACUGUUGUUUUGCUUGUCACAGGGUAAACUGGAGGCUGCAAACUAUCUGUUUGCAAUGGGCGCUGAUGAAAAUUUGAAAACUAAGGACGGGUUGACUGUUCUAUCUGCUGCAGCAAUCAGUGGUAAUGUUGCAGCCAUUGAGAUGCUGCUUAAGCGUGGUCACAACCCUAAUUCCAGGGAUGGUUGUGAUAAGACACCCUUAAUGUGGGCUGCAGAGGUGGGAAAAAAAGCAGCUGUAGAAUAUCUUCUUUCUCUCACACAUUAG